GGCUAACUGGUAAGAUUGUUAGCACGCUCGCGUGUACAACGUGUCUAGAGCUAGCUCAUGGUUUGCCUUGAUUUUAUAGAUGACUGACCAAAAACACAUCUAAAGGGUUUAGGGAACAUUUCAUGCAUGUAACGACAUUGUGCAUGUCCCACCUCCCUUCCAGUGACAGCGCAUUGACCGCCUGAACAUGAAGGUAAAUAAAUUGGCUCCAGAAAAGGGGGCUAGGGCUUCCUCCCUGAAGUGGAGGAACACCAAGGCCCAACGCUGCACAACUCGCGUAAACUUAUCUGAACUCCCAUCGACCCCUGUUAUGGUCAAAAUGAUCAAGGAACACCAAGCAGCAGUAAAGAAGAAACCCAUAGUGAAAAGGCUGGAAAGGAAAGCCAUGACCCUUUCUGGAUCAAAAGAAAAGAAACACACUUCCUUUGAGUCUGAGAAGACGUAUCCAAAUACUAACGGGAAAUCGGAAGUUACAAUGAACAUUGAUGCUGUUGACUGGCAAGAAUGGAGUACCAAUGGCAAGAGCUCACUUGGGAAUGGUGAGAAGUCCGCGGAUGGCGUAGAGACUGUGAGCUCCGGGCGCUUGGAGGGAGAAUCUUUUCAUUGCUGCGCAGAGAGAGAUGAAGACCGGAAUCAUGCAGUGCUUGUCAUGCAAAAGUCUCAGACGCUGUGUUUCCGAGGAAAGUGCCUUCUGACCUGCCUAUACGGGCGCGUUGAGGUGAUGGGGUUCACCAUCGAAGAAGGCCAGCAGCCGUAUCCCCUCUUCUCUCCGGCCUCUCACUGCCCGCUGACGGUAACCGCGCUGGGAAGCACCGAUGAUGCCCGAGACGAGGGCAUGGAAGCCACGGCGAUCCUCCGCAAGUAUCUCACGCCCGCAUCACAGAUAAGGCUUUUGCGAAGAAUCAACCUAAACUCAUCUGUGAUCCUUCUGGAGCCCAUGGAGACCUCUCUGACCCGCUUCCUUUGUAGCUUCCCAGAUCUCAGUGAACUGUUCAGUCCCCCUGUGAGUGAGCUCAUGUCGGCGGUGCUGGACACGCCCCUCAACGGGCUGGGUAUGAUCCCCCUGGUCAGUGACGUGGAAGGCCUGAGAAUGUCCAAGAGCUACAGAGAGGCCCUCAACACGGUGGUUAGCGCUUGCAGAGACGACGGGGAUGGUUGCGUGGUGGUCCUUGUAUGUGGAACUAAGAACGUAGGGAAGUCCACCUUUAUCCGAGUCCUCCUCAAUACUUUGCUCAAUCACACUACGGGUAUAGACUACUUGGAGGGCGACCUGGGACAGACUGAGUUCACCCCGUCAGGCUGCCUUUCCCUGUCCACCGUGACUGAGCCUCUCUUGGGUCCUCCCUUCACACACCAGCGCACGCCAGAACACAUGAUCUACUACGGCCAGACGUCCUGCGACUCGGACCUGGACCGCUACCUCGAGUCCAUGAAGUCCCUUUGGAGCAGGCGUCCCCAGAGCCGGGACACUCCCGUGGUCAUCAACACCAUGGGCUGGGUCAAAGGCUUCGGGUUCCAGAUGCUGGUGGACGUGCUCCGCCUGCUGCCCGUGACCCACGUGGUCCAGCUGGGCCACAGCGAGUCCAUGCACUGUGCCACGCUCACGCCGGACUUGCUGCAGACGGUGCAGGGCUACCUCACCAAGCCCCCGGCGCACACGGCCAUGGACGAGUUCACGGAGGGCCACAGCCCCGCCCGCACCUACGCCCACCUGGCCGUGCAGUCCGCCUUCCAGGGCGUGGGGCGCCAGGGAGCAUCGAAACACCAGCGUAGCAAUGAACUCCGAGAGCUCUCUCUGCUAGCUUACCUGAGUCAACUCCAAGAAGCUCACCAAGGGCCCGUCAGGCAGCUGAACUGCCUCACCCCCUACCAGGUCCCUCACACAGCUGUGGCUAUCGGUGUGACCCACUGCGAGGUGGCCCCCAGCCACGUGCUGUAUGCCGCCAACGGCAGCCUGGUGGGGCUGUGCUGCCUGCCGGAGAAGGUGACGAGCCGGGGAGGCCCGGUGGUCCUCUCCCAUGCGCCCCUCUGCCCCUGUGUGGGCUUCGGUGUGCUCCGGGGAAUCGACAUGGCGCGAGGCCUGUACUUCCUACUCACCCCUGUGGACCCCUCCAUCCUCCGCAACGUCAACUGUCUCCUCCUGGGGGCCAUCACCCUGCCCUCCUGCAUCCUCACAACACAGUCUGGUCGCGAAGAAGAGAAGCCAUAUGUCACCACGGACUACAGUUUUGAUCUGACCGGAGCAGGGAAGAUGCGCGUCUUCAAAGGCAUUGUACGGCCCGGUCAAGUGGGGAAGUAGCGACUGCAGAGACACAUCAGUUUGUUGACUCUCUGUCCUUGUUUAAAGACUUGUUGCAGCAAGCUUCCACUUGACAGAGCUGAGAUUCUGCUGAACUGAGGGAGGGGAUACUGUGAAAGAAGGUCCGUCAUUGGUGGAGCGUGGAUUGCUCCUUCCUAUUAAUGGAUGUCCCGACAAGUACUGUGGAGAGAACAGAUAGUGAAAUGAAUGACACUGGGUUCCCCUUCUCCCUUUCAAGACAAAACCUAAGCAAGCAUUUACAGUUUUACAUUUCAUGUCAUCGUUCAAUGGCAUUCCAAGCAGAUACUUAAUAUUUGUUACAACAUUAAAAGUGAAAUUCCUUGUUUUUCAAA